GUGUAAAAAGCAUAAUGUUGACCUAAUUCCCAUUACAAAAUCAAAGCUAAAAUUAAGCCUAAUACAAACUGAUGCCAUAGCAUAGUAAUAAAAAGUACAAAUGGCAGCAAGCAAACCAGUAGUAGGAACAUUUCCUAUAAUAUUAGGUAGGUUAAUCUGUAUUUUUUGCAUUAAGUGCUUACUUUAUCAUUAGAUAUUAGCAAGUUAAGUCAAAUCGUACAGAUUUUAAAGCAAUAUAAGUUUCCUGAGGCAAAAUGGUUCGAAUUGGGUUUAAAUUUAGGUUUGCUCCAUCCUACACUGGAAGCUAUUGAGGCUACUCAUAGAGGAAAUACUUCACGUUGCCUGAUGGAGUGCUUGACAAAGUGGCUGAGUAAAUCUGAUAAAAGUGUGUAUCCUCUUACCUGGCAAUCAUUGGCUAUUGCUACUAGAAGAUCAAAUGUAACAACAGUUGCUGAAAAUGUUCAAAAAACAAUGGUUGAUCCUGCCAGCCAACUACUACAGCAUUACAGUAGUAGAAUAUCUCAAGCAAUACUCUCGGAGGAAUCAGUUGAUCUGUUACAUACAGAAGGACUGAUAUCUGAAGAGACAAUGAGGGAAGUGAAGAGUUGCGGACACACACUAUUCGAUGGUACAAUGAAAGAAAUAUACACAGCAGUAGCAAAUGAUCAUAAUAAAUUAAAGUCCUUUGCUCUAAUUUUAUUUAAAACAAAAGACACUGCCAAUAUGGCCAAUGAGUUAAUGAGGCAUUGUGAGGAUGUUAUUUUUGAAUCUGAAAGUGCACCUGAAGACAACAGUGAUCCUGUGAUAUCAAGUGCCAUUGAAGAAACAAGAGUUCAAAUGACAGAAUUUGAAUUUCAGAUUUCAGAGGAAUAUACUUAUCAUUUUGACAAAAUGAGAGGUGGUUUCGGAUCGUUCUAUUUCAAAGUCACUCGACUGAUAUCCUGCACUAUCACAGUGAACCUUCUUGAAGAGUUCAUAGAAUUUGUUGAUGAUUGCUAUCCUGAGCUAGGUCCCAACCUAGCCUCUGCUGCUACAGUGAAAGAUGUAAUGAAAGCUAUUAGAACCAAGUGCAAUGUCAUCAAUAUUGCUCCAGUAGAGGAAGUUGUAAGCUUUUACAGCAUAAAGGAAGCUAAGCCAUUGAUAACAGAUUAUAAAGUAACAGUUGAUGAGUUUUGUUGCACAUUCAAACUUCAAUUCCUGCUUGAUAAAAAGCUGUCAACAAGUGAUUUUCUUGUUUGUGAAACAAUUGAGUUUGUUCUAGACUGGGAUCCUGCUGAGCACUUAUUGAAUGAUAUUCGUCGUUUAAUGGAGAAAGCAUUCAAAGGAUUGAGCAGAAGGAUCAUAGUCAAAAGCAUGCAUAAAGGCAACUCCAUCAUCAUCAUUUGUGGUGCUCCAGGUCAUCUAAUAAAUGCUUUGCAAUUGAGGGUUCGUGAUAAUCUUUCUGUACUGCAACAAGAAUUUGAUUUGAUGCGAUUAAAAAUUGGACACUACACUGUAUAUGACAUAAUGAUCAAAAAGAAAGAACAAAAAAUCAUUGCAGAGCAGAUAGAAAUGUGUGAAGGAGAAAUACAAAAGCUGAAUCCAUACAAUGAUGACAAUAAAAAUCUCCUAAAUAAUCAAGCACCAAAAAUUUUAUCUCUAAUAAAAAAUCAAGAAUUCAUUCGUAGCACUAUGAAGUCAUCGGAUUAUAAGCUAAAGUUGAAACAAAUUGAAAGAGAAAAAUCUGCAAGUACAAAAAAGCGAAUGCUAUUAAGAGAAAAUGAACAUUUACAGUCGACUCUAAGGGUCAGAAUAAUACAAAAGGAAGCAUUACAGCACAAUGAACAAGAGAUUGAGAAACUACAAGAAAGCAUAUCAUUUAUUAGUGUACAGUUGUUGAACAAUAAAGAAAAGCUAACACAUGUAUUCACACAAACAACAUUAUCGUCAAGUGGAUCUAUUUGUGUAGCACAAGCUGAUUAUAAUAACACAAUUAUCUCAUUCAAAAAGGGUGAAAUAUUUCAGUUAAGUAAGAAUGGGUAUGAGGUACAGUCACUGGAGACUGGUCAGAAGGGAGCUGUUCCCAUUAGUUGUGUUGGUCCUUCGUUAUUAGAAUCACUUCACUUGUUUCAAUUUGCAAUGACCAAUCAAACUCUGCCACUUCCACCGAUACUCCUUGAUGAAACAAUCAGUGAUGAUGAGAAAGCAAAGCAUUUUAUAAAAAUAAUUGCUGAUGAUAAUCACACUCUACAGUUACUAAGGACACAAAAUUUUAAGCAGCACAAAUUUUUUGUGGCUAUUUACUACCGCCAAGCAUAUACUGAACAAGAUUUAUCUUUUAAAAAAGGCAAGAUUAGUAAAUAAAAAAUUAUGCCCAUUGCAU